AGGUCACGAUGUAACUUCUUUGUUUUAUUAGGAUGUUACAUGUACAUUACUAUUCCCAUGGGUAGAAGUACAGUGCAUGAUUUGAAAUUGCCAACCUGCAUGUGUUUCAUUGGAGAGCGGUGGAGCUGCCCUUUGCUACUACUAUAAUGGUUGAAGCCUCCGAGUCGUAUGCGGUUCUGGGAAACCUGUCUUAAUAGCGACACUCAUUGGACGCUGGAGGGAUAGACUGGAGUGGAGUGUCCUAAAAGGUGACACUAGUGCGUGUGUGGUAAACUAAAGUGGGACAUCGCAUUUCUCCGCACACUUGUAACCUCGGCGCGCCUAAACCCACGAAGAAAACAUGGAGCGGAAAAGUCCCACUGGAAAGAAGUUUCGCAGCAAACCACAGCUGGCUCGUUACCUGGGAAACUCCAUGGACCUGAGUUCCUUUGACUUCCGCACGGGGAAGAUGAUUUUCAGCAAGCUCAACAAGAACCGACAGCGUCUCCGCUACGACCAGAAUCAGAACAAGGGCAAGCCUGACCUGAAUACCUCACUACCAGUCAGGCAAACCGCCUCUAUCUUCAAACAGCCUGUUACCAAAGUGACCAAUCACCCCAGCAACAAAGUGAAGACUGAUACCCAAAAAGCUGUUGAGCAGCCAAGACAGCUGUUCUGGGAGAAGAAGCUCAGCGGCCUGAAUGUGUAUGACAUCGCAGAGGGACUUAUGAAGAGCAUGGAGCUGCCCAAAGGCCUGCAUGGAAGCAGGAGGAGCUGGUGUACAGCGUGAGGAAGAGGCUGGAGGAGGCCCUCAUGGCUGAUAUGCUGGCGCAGAUCGAGGAGGCCGCCAUCGAUGUGGCCGCGCUGAAGGAUGAAAAUGAUGACGAUGAUGAUGACGACGAUUACAAUGCGGAGGAUGCAGAUGAGGUAUAGCCCAGGGUCUCAAGCAUUGACGAGCUCUGUGGGUCUACAGCAUUUUUUUAAUUUUUACUCUCACAGGACUGUGACCAAGACCACGUCAGCCACAAGCCGAUCAGGAAGAACACCAGUCACUGUUUUUUCUACGUCUUUUCUAUCGAGUCACUUUGCACUUCGUCACCUGAUUCCACUUUGUCACUCCGGUACAAACUACAUGUCAUAGUUACAAAUGAGUUAGUUCAUGCAUUUCUAUUAAUGGUUACGUUAUUUUAUGUGUUUUCACAACAAAUGUUUUUUUGUUUUUGUCAGUUUACUUUGCAAAUAAUGGAAAAUGUGACACUCUCAGUUCUUAAACUUGUAUUUAACUCCCCCUGGUGAUUUUCUAGAACCACCCGUCCCAUUUCACUCCCUCUCUCUCUCUCACACACACACACACACACACACAUUCACUCUCGCUCUCACACACACACAAACACACUCACUCUCGCCAUCACACACACACACUCACUCUCGUGCACACACACACACACACAAGCCCUCCCACUCACAGCUGCGGGGUCUUCAGGGAUGGGGCAGGCCGUUGCGAAGUCAUUUGAAUCACCUUCGCUGUUUAAGUUGUUAAUUAAUGCUCUCAAAAGGCAGACUGUAGCUGGCUGCUAAAAAGGGUGCUCAGAUCCAUUAUGGUGUCCUUUUAUAUAAACACUUGAGCAGUA